CACUGGUGUAGUCAAACUUCCUUCUGGUCUUCUCUUACAAAAUGUGUUGUUGGUUCCUAGUUUCACCUUCAACUUGGUUUCGGUUAGUAAGUUGACUAGAGACUUACCCGUUUCGCUGCAUUUUCAUUCUGAUGUAUGUGAAAUUCAGGACCAACAGACCCGGACGAUCAUUGGUUUGGCAAACCAAAGUAGAGGCCUCUAUCAUCUUUCCAACUCCACUUUCCCAGCACAGUCUUCUCUCAAAUCCCAGGCUGCUACUCUUUACAACCUUCAUCCUCAAGAUGUCAACCUCUGGCAUUGGCGUCUAGGACACCCUAGCAAAGAUAGAUAUCAGUUACUUAAGUCUCAAUACCCCAUUGUUAACAGUGAUCUAGUUUCUCAUUGUGAUGUAUGUCAUUUAUCAAAACAAAAGCGACUUCCAUUCCCUGUUAGUGAGAAUUCUGCCCUUGCGGCAUUUCAUCUAAUACAUGUUGAUAUAUGGGGCCCCCUAUCUGUUCAAUCCUAUGAUGGUUAUUCGUAUUUUUUGACUGUUGUGGACGACUACAGCAGGGCUGUUUGGCUCUUUCUUAUGCAUGAUAAGGGAGAAACUCGUGACUUUCUCAAAGGGUUCUGCUGUCUGGUUGAGAAACAAUUUGGUAAAUCUGUCCGUAUCAUCCGUAGUGAUCAAGGCAAAGAAUUUCACAUGGCUGACUUUUACAGGACUCAUGGGAUUGAGCAUCAAACUUCUUGCGUUGAAACACCUGAACAGAAUGGACGAGUUGAACGUAAACACCAACAUAUCUUAAAUGUUGCUCGUGCUUUACGGUUUCAGUCUGGUAUUCCUCUUCGCUUUUGGAGCGACUGUGUUCUUCAUUCUGUGUUCUUAAUCAACCGACUUCCUACUCCCAUUUUGAACAACAAGUCUCCCUAUGAAUUGCUCUAUCACAAAUCCCCUGAUCUCAGUUCCUUAAAGAUUUUUGGUUGCCUUUGUUACGCAUCCACUCUCACUCAUGGUCGCACCAAAUUCCAGGAACGUGCUUCUCAAUGUAUUUUCCUUGGCUUUCCAGCUGGUAUCAAAGGGUUCAAGCUCUUUGAUAUGACUACCUCUCGUGUCUUUGUUUCUAGAAAUGUCGUUUUCUACGAAACUAUUCUUCCCUUUAAAGGUUCUACUGAUCCUCCUCCUACCUCUACUUCCUUCUCUCCCACACUCCCCUUAGCUCCUGAUUCCAUCCCAAUUCUUUCCCCCACAUCCCCUUUACCUUCUUUCAAUGAGGAAUCAGGGCAGGCCAUUACCUCAUCUGAUUCUGAGAUGCCAUCAUCUUCCUCCCCAGGCACCAAUAUUGAACAGUUGGCCAACCUGGAUUCUUAUGAGGAUGAUGAUAUACCUGCAUUCGACACACAAACAGAUUAUGAAGAAGCUGCCAUGCCUGAGUUAGAGGUUCAAGCUGAACAUGAUGGCAGACCCAUUCGUGCUAAUCGUGGGAAGCUACCAGCACGACUGGCAGAUUAUUAUGUUGGGAGUGUUUGCAGAACCUACCACAUAUCAAGAAGCUGUCAAAUUUGAACAUUGGCGACGAGCGAUGAGAGAAGAACAAGACGCUUUGGAAGAGAACCAUACCUGGGAUGUUGUUCCACUGCCAAAGAACAAGAGAGCAAUAGGAAAUAAGUGGGUCUACAAAGACAAAUACAGACCAGAUGGAACUCUCGAAAGACACAAAGCGAGGUUAGUGGCUAAAGGAUUCACUCAAGUAUAUGGAAUUGAUUUUUUGGAUACAUAUUCACCUGUUGCCAAAAUCAAUUCUGUCAAAGCUCUUUUAGCUGUUGCAGCAAGUAAGGGUUGGUUUCUUGAUCAAAUGGAUGUUUCUAACGCCUUCCUCCAUGGCGAUUUGGAGGAGGAAGUUUAUAUGGUGUUACCACCAGGUGAUCCACGAGCUAACAGCCCUGAAAAUCUGGUUUGUCGAUUGAGAAAAUCGUUGUAUGGUCUAAAGCAGGCUAGUCGUCAAUGGUUUGCAAAACUCACCUCUUCUCUGUUAAAGCAUGGCUUCUCUCAAUCUGUUUCAGAUUACUCAUUGUUCACCAAGUGGGUUCAUGGGCGAAUUGUGGUGUUGCUAGUAUAUGUCGAUGACAUAAUACUAGGAGGAGAUGACAGGGGAGAUAUCGAGGAAGUUAAGAAAUUCCUUAGUCAUAAUUUUAAGAUUAAGGAUUUGGGAUGUUUGAAGUUCUUCCUAGGGCUGGAAAUCAGUAGGAACAGUGAGGGGAUAGCUGUUUGCCAGCGCAAGUAUUGCCUGGAACUUUUGAGAGAUACUGGUUAUCUCGAAGCCAAGCAUUGUAAGUCUCCCUUGGAUCCUAAAGUCAAGUUGCGUGCAAAACAAGGAAAGCCUCUUGAUGAUCCUGAGCUGUAUAGACGAUUAAUAGGGAGAUUGCACUACCUCACCACUACCAGGCCAGACUUAACAUUUCCAAUGCAGCAGUUGAGUCAAUUCCAGAAAGAGCCUUACACGGAACACCUUCAAGCUGCGUACAGGGUGUUGAGGUACAUUAAAGGUGCACCAGGACAGGGCAUUUUCUUCAAAAGUGAUUCCUCAUUGAAGUUAACUGGUUACAGCGAUUCGGAUUGGGCUAGUUGUCCGGAUUCUCGAAGAUCAGUGAGUGGCUACUGUACCUUUCUUGGGAGCUCGUUGAUUACCUGGAAAGCCAAGAAGCAAACUACGGUUUCCAGGUCAUCGUCUGAAGCAGAAUACAGAGCUUUAGCUCAUUUAGUCUGUGAAAUUCAGUGGUUGAAGGGAUUGCUUGCAGAAUUGAGCGUUCAAGUUCAGUUGCCGAUUGCCGUGUUUUGUGAUAACAAGUCGGCGAUUCAUAUUGCCGAGAAUCCAGUGUUCCACGAACGUACCAAACACAUCGAGAUUGAUGUGCACGUUACGCGGGAAAGGGUGAAAUCAGGGCUAAUUAAACUGUCUUAUGUGCGUUCUCUUGAUCAGGUAGCGGACUUGUUUACCAAAACUCUCAGCAGGUUUCGCAUUAAGGAACUAUUGGACAAGCUAGGAGUUGAAAAUCGAUACACUCCAGCUUGUGGGGGACUAUCAGAAGGAAAGGAUCAAGAUGCUGCUGAGUGUUCUGGUGAUAUGAAGAACUCAGGUUGAUAAUGAAGAACAGGGGAGUUUCUGAGCAUCUACUUAAAAGGAAGAGAGAAACGUUUCUUACAAACGCUGUCGUUUAUUAUCUUUCUGUCAUUGGUUACUUUAAGUAUCAGUAGACGAAUGUAAUAGAGCCAGGUGUCGCAAUUACUUUAAACUGGUUCUUAAUUACUGUUACAACGGUAUAAAUGAGAAACCCAGGAAAC